AUGGCCUCUGGGCUGUGCAGUGACAAGGCAGUGGCGCUUGUGGGCGACUUCGACGAGUCGACGCCGCUUAUGGGCGAUCGCGUCUACAUCCACUCGCUGGUGUCCAAGCACGAGCUCAACGGCAAAGCCGCUAUCGUGCUGAGCGAGCCCAAUGCUGACGGCCGUGUCGCUGUGCAGCUGCGUGAGAGUGACGCCAAGCUGCUUUUGAAGCCGAGCAACCUGACAAAGGUUGAGGGCUAUCCAGCGGAGGAGCUGCUCAAUGUUUUUGACGAUGAGACUCAGCGCGCUCUCAAACCGCCGCAGAAGAAGGAGCUCUCCAAGCUGCUAAAGGCGAUUCCGGUCUCGAAGCAGCUGUUCGGCGAGGUGGGCGAACGGGCCCGCAACGAUGCCGCGCGGAGCGGAGGGCCCGUCGAUGAGAGCACCUUCCGCGCGCAGCUCCAGCACUUCACCUGGGGGCUAUUUGCCGACUGGGAUGCAGAGCUCUGGGAGAAUGUUUUGCUGGCCGGUGGUGCCGUCCUCGGAAGCCUCCUCCCAGCACCGCCUGACUACAAGGACCUGAGGCCCCUCGAUGGCAACGGCGGCGCCUCGUGGUGUGAGUUCGACCUCUACCACCAGCGCAAGCGGCGAGCUAGCGACGAGCCGCCGCGCUCGCUUCAGCAGUACUUUCGAGGGACCCGCUGGCCGACGGCAGACAUCGACCUCUUUGUCUACGGUCUCGACGCAGACGCUGCACAGAAGAAGCUGCUCGCCAUCCUCGCGCGGCUGCAGCGCACCAUCAUCAAGCGGUGCGGCGUGAUGAACGACGUCUGCUUCGUCAAGACGCCCAACACGGUGACCGUCGGCUGCGGACUCAUCGGCCGCACGUUCCAAGUGAUCCUGCGGCUGUACGAGAGCAAGGCCGACGUCCUGAACGGCUUUGACAUCGACUGCUGCUGCGUUGGCUACGACGGGACGCAGGCGCUCAUCACCCCGCGCUGCAUCACGGCGCUGCGCACGCGCAUCAACACGGUCAACCUCGAGAUUCGAGGCGAGUCGUACGAGUGCCGCUUGCUCAAGUACGUCGAGCGCGGCUUCGCCAUCGGCAUCCCGCUUCUCGACGCGUCGCGCAUUGACCGCGAGCACCUCACCCUCAAGAUGGAGAAGCACGAGUGGUACGACGGCGAGAGCCUGACCAGCGGCGACUGGGCAAAGUGGGGCGAGUCCGAGGGACUAGAGCGGCUGCUGAUGGCGAUCAGCAUUGCUCGCCAGAGCGGUGGCGUGAUUGAGCGCGCCUUCCCCGGCCGUCAGCGCGGCGGGACUGGCCGCGAGCGCACGCUGCAGAUGAAGCUCGUGCCGUACCCGCGGGGGCCGGGCGGCUUUGGUGCUAUCCGCGACAGCUACCCCUCGCACGACAAGGCUGGCAACCCCAUCUGGCCCGCGACGACGAAGCUGGAGGCGAUCCGCCGCUCCGAGAAGCCGUUUGAGGUGGCGUGGCUCGAGGGCAACAUGCCUCGCAAGCCGCUGACGUGGGACGCGUGGUCGAAGAAGGCGUACCUGGGCGCAGAGCGCCGGGCGAGCUACGGGUACGACCCGGCGCAGUACCGCAAGGAGCGCGAGGAGCGUGAGGCACGCGAAAAGGCGAAGCGUGCCGAGGAGAUUGAGAGCGCGCGCAGGGAGGCGGCGGCCGAGGCGGCAGCGGAAGCGGCCGACGCGCGCGCACAGAUUGAGGUGAUCGAGAAGCAGGCGGCCGAGAGCCAGGCCGAGCUCAAGCGUGCAAAGAAGGAGACGGAGGCAAAGGCGCGGCAGGCGUCCGCCGAGAAGAAGAUUGCAGAGGCGAAGCUCGCCAAGGCGCGCGAGGAUAAGGCGCGGCUCGAGGAGGCGGCCGAGGAGGAGAAGGGGCGCGUGGAGGUUGAGCUCUUGCGCACCCGGAGGGCGAAGGAGGAGCUCGAGAUGGCCGCUGAUGAGCAGCUCUGCUGCGUCUGCAUGGACCGGCCCAAGAUGGUCAUGUUUGAGCCGUGCCGUCACGUCUCGGUCUGCAAGCAGUGCGCGCCUCGCAUCGCCCAGUGCCCGCUCUGCAAAACGGACGCCGCGCGAAAGGUGGUCGUGUACCUCUAA